AUGUUGCUGUGCCCAAGGGCUGUGACCGCUGCGCUGGCGACUGCGUCGGCUGCGUCGACGCUCAUCCUACCAGUGGCAGCAGCCUCUUCAAAGCGUGGUCUCGUCUUCACCCCGAACGUGACAGCCCCGGCCGAUGACAAGAUCUGGAUCGAGGAGCCGACCACCUUGACGUGGUACUACAACUACGGGCCCAAUCCCGAGUCCGUGUACCAAGAUGUGCCACAGUCCGAAUUCGAGUUUGUACCCAUGAUGUGGGGUGCCCCGGACAGUCUCGACGACACUUCAUUCCUAUCGACCGUGAAGAGCCUGAUCAAGAGCAAGGGCAUAAACAUCACUAACGUGCUCUCCUUCAACGAGCCCGACGGCUCUUUUGAAUACGGAGGGAGCCAGAUUGAGCCCUCCACAGCCGCGCAGCUCUGGGUCAACAACAUGAUCCCGCUCCAGGAGAUGGGCGUGCGCGUCGGGCUCCCGGCGUGCACCGGGGGGUCUAGUGGCCUUCCUUGGCUGCAGAAUUUCCUUGCCGAGUGCUCCGAGCUGAUCAGCUCGAAAGACAAGCAGCGGAACUGCACAUUUGACUUUGUAACGAUCCACUGGUACGGCAACUUUGAAGGCCUGGCGAGCCAUAUGGGGGAGUAUUCGGCCGCAUUCCCCAACAAGACCAUGUGGAUCACCGAAUUCAACCUGAACGACCGGGACCUGGAAGCCACCCAGUCGUUCUACAACAUGUCGACCGAGUACUUUGACCGCCUCGACUUUGUCGAGCGCUACUCGUAUUUUGGAGCCUUCCGCAGCAACGUGUCCAACAUUGGCCCCAACGGCGCCAUGCUGAGCGACAACGGCAGCCUUACCGACAUUGGCGCUUGGUACCUCGGCCGCCAGCCGACAGGCAUAUUGCCCACCAGCUCGUCAUCCCUGCAUUUGCCUCUUCCGCAGAAAGUCGUUGCAGUGUUCGCCGCUGUGGUUGCGGCUGCCAUUUCAUUAGCUUGAGAAACCUCAAAUCGUCGUCUGGUCGAAGCAACUUGAAGUCAGUUUGGCCCUUCGUCCAUCCUGCAGUGUCGCAUCCCACUUCAUCGGGCGAUCUCUUUCAAGAAGAGGGGAAAGGGCAGUCAAGAUCUGUAUUACGUAUUUGCUGGUUGGCUCUUGGAUAUGUCGGAUAAAGGACCUGGCCCUCUCAUUCCCAGCAUUCGAUGGGCGCCUCAUCUCAUCUGUUGUCUCUUGGGGACGAAAGUAGGAAAGUGGGAUGAUUCAUAGAGCAAAGAUCUAGACUGGCCUCGACGUGGGAUGGGACUACGGAGCCGCCAGUAGAGUUCAUAACUACGUCCCCAGGUACAAUGCGUUUGUUCGUCGCCGCGCUAAGAGCACUGGCACAAGAAGAAGGGAGGGGACGCUGGGCAUCGAUCAAGAUCCUCCGCGCCAUCCUCCAAGCUGGCACCAAAGAGAGCAAGACGGGGCAGUGUGGAAUGUGCUCACCGUUGGCAAAUGGGAAAUUGGGCCGGCGUGAAUACAUUAUCAGAUUUAGUCG